CGCCACACUCGACGCGAACAUGGCGGACCUGUCGUUCCUCCACGCGACCAAGGCGUCUGCCGCGCUGCCGGCACAAGAGAUGGAAGAGGCGAGCUUUGCGCUGCCUGCGGUUGCCGACCCUGCCGCCUACCAGAGCCAGCUUUACGACCCGGCGUCGGCCACGCCGUUGCACAUGGCACACGGAACGACCACGCUUGCCUUUGUCUUCAAGCAUGGCGUGGUGGUGGCCGUCGACUCGCGCGCCACCCAGGGCCAGUACAUCGGCUCGCAGACGGUGAAGAAGGUGAUCGAGAUCAACCCGUAUCUGCUCGGCACCAUGGCCGGCGGUGCCGCAGACUGCAUGUUCUGGGAGCGCGAGCUUGGCCGCCAGUGCCGCCUCUACGAGCUCCGCAACAAGGAACGUAUCUCCGUCCGCGCCGCCUCCAAGAUCCUCGGCAACAUUGUCUACAACUACAAGGGCAUGGGUCUGUCCAUGGGUACUAUGGUCACUGGCUGCGACGCCUCGGGCUUCUCGCUCUUCUACGUCGACUCGGACGGCACCCGCCUCGAGGGCCAGCGCUUCUCUGUCGGCUCUGGCUCCACCUUUGCCUACGGUGUCCUCGACUCGGGCUUCCGAUGGGACAUGGAGCCCGAGGAGGCCUACGACCUCGCUCGCCGCGCCAUCUACCACGCUACCCACCGCGACGCGUACUCGGGUGGCCAGGUCAACCUCUACCACGUCCGCGAAGAGGGCUGGGUCAAGAUCAGCGCAGACAACGUCUUUGACCUCCACUACGGCUACGCCGCCGAGGCCGCCGCUGAAGCUGACGCUGAGGCCGCCGCCUAACUUGCUGAUGACCCGUCCCACCCGUGGACCCGUGGCCUCCCAUCUCCUCCCUCCCGCUCGCUCUCGCCCUCCCGCCAACCAACCCUCCGCCACCUCUGACCACCGACCACCCUCCAUCUCCAUUCUCCUCAUACAUCACAUCCCCUACCUACCGGUUGCCUCCUACCCUCUCCCAUCCGAUCUUCUCUUGUCCUCAAUGAACAGCAACCUGUGCCUA